AUGAAUUUCUUUUUUAUCUAUUUCAGCGGAAGUUCAAGUUCAGAAGUGAAUGGAAUAUUCAAGAAAGUAUUCGACGACAAGAUAAUCGAGAUUGAUGCAAGUGGGUCGUCUAAACAAAGAAUCAACGGAACUCGUCAAUUUACUAAGCCAGAAUACGCAAUUUAUCCGUGGAAUAAGGAAUAUGAUUGGUGCUCAAAUUGUGGAAGAACAUAUGAAGAUCAUCCAUGGAUUACUUUUUCACUUAAAAAUAAAAAGAUCAAAUUAACAGGAUACUUCGUCCGUGCUGGCUGCUGUUAUGCAUCAUCAGGACUAUGCUGCUGUGAGGAUCCUUCAUAUAGUUAUUGCGUUGAGUGCUGUUUAUAUAGUUGGUCUUUACAAAUUUCCAACGACAACAAGACAUGGAACGAAGUUCACAAAAUGAAGGACGAAGAAAUGAGAAGGUGCACAGAGAGAAGCUACAACUUAGACAGGGCAUACGAAGCGAAAUACGUCAGAUUAAUCCAAAAUGAAGCAUGCCCAGGAGAUCCACCAUGUAUUGCACUCAAUAAGUUCGAUUUAUUUGGUGAUAUCAUUUCUGAUAGCCCAGACGAAGAAAAUUUCGUCUCUUAUCACGAUGAUGACGAUGAUGUCAGUAUUAUUGGCCAUAUUUCUAAAAAUGGAAAUGUUAAAUUUGUCUAA